AGUGGCGACCAAAAACAUGUUGAAAACAAAUUGAGAUAACAAUUUAUUUCUAAUUUUUAUUCCUACUAAAGUAGGUAAUAAGUAGUAAAAACAUACCAGAAAAUUAUGAAUUUGUAUUUACUUUACUUAACAUUGUAUUUAUAGUUAGGCAGACUGAGUGAGUGUUCACCGUAUCGAGUGGAUCGGAUUCAGAUUCGGAAGAAAAACGAAAAUGGACCUUCCAAAAGGAUCUUCCGAUGGAGAAGAUAUUCCUAGCGACUUUUUCGAUGAUUUCGCUAAAGAAGACUUCAUAGAAGGCCUCAGUGUUGUAGACGAGUGGGAUAAUGAAGAACCCGAAAAAUUAAGAGAUGAUGCUAACUCUUUGGAUGAUGUGGAAGAUCUACGCGAUUUAAUAGAGGACGAUCGAAGAAAAGAGACACAGAAAAUGCGACAAGAUAAGGAUCGUCGGAGAUCAAGCAGCGAAGCUCGGAUGGAUGAUUUCAUCAAGCCGGGAAGUCGUCGAGAUCCCAACAAAACCAACGAAGCUAUCAAAAGGGAUAAAGAAUUGAAAGUAAAACAACACAUAGCUAAACACUUAGAGGAGGAUUUACGACCUCCGGGAACUGAACUUGAUGAUUACUAUGAAGAGAGUAAAAAGAACGAAAAAAAUGAGAAGAAUUUUGAAGACCCCCCACAGCGCUCAUCGCCGCAGGAAAUGUAUGAAUCAUCAGAAAAAAGCAGCCCAAAACAAAAAAUGCAGAAGAAAAGAAGUCUGUCACCCGUUCAUCAUCGCUCACCGGGGAAACUUCAAGAUGCAGCAGAGAGAUUUUACGGACGUCCAGGAAAGUACCGUGUUUCUCCGGGAAGGUUUCGUGAAUCACCAGGAAGAUAUCGCCACGGGCCAGGAAGGCUUCAUCAAGAAAGAACACAUCGGACUUUUGGAAGAAAUCAGGAACCACCUCCGAGAUAUGAGCGUCGUAUGUAUUCCAGCCGAAAAUCGCCGCCGUUUCUUCGACAUCCAAGAUACGAGCCACAUCGUCGCUCAAGAAGCCCUCAUCAUCAUCCCGGUUACAGGAAAGAAAGAAGAUAUGCAAGCCCAGGGGGAAGUCCGCCUAGAAUGUCCAGACGAAGCAGGUCAUCUAGAUCGCCUAGACGCCAUUACGAGAGAUCUCGUUCAAGAUCUCCUCGACGUUCCAGUGAUUACGUGCAACCUCACAAAGAAUACAUUCCACCCUAUCCUUAUACAGUAGGACCUCAGCCUUAUCCCGCCCCUGCAAACUUCAUUCCAGGAAUGUCUGUAGAUCCAAACAUGCCUCCAGCCCAAUACGAUGUACCACAGCCAUAUCCGGUGUAUAAUCCGUAUCCUUAUGACAUGAAUCCCCCUCAACCAGUUCCUGCUCCUAUUCCUGCACCGGGAAACCCGGGGCUGGUACCGACCUUAACCACCUCUCAACAAUUAAUUCCUUCGGAUCAUACUACAGAUCCAUCAACAAAUUCUAUGCAGGAGCCAGCAGAUGCCUUGGCCAAAUUGGUCGCUGAUGGUAUACUCUCCCAUGAAGAUUACCUGAAACUGGCUCCAAACAAAGGGGCCCUUCUGCAGAUGGACACUAAUACAAAAACAGAUGUGUUAAAACGGUGCCAUAGUGCUGUAUCCAAACUAGAUGAAUUAAUGCCGUCAAAUCGGGUGAUCGUCGGUCUUAGAAAGAAGACGCGGAAAUCUAUUGCGCCCCAAUUCUUUUCGCCCCUUAAGAAAAAACCAAUAGCGGAAUUUAAUUUCACCGAAAUUAGCGCCUCGGCCAUUGCACUUAAAAACAAACAAAUCAUAGAUACUAUAGUGUCAACGCUGGAUCUACACGAUUUAGUAAAUCGCCCCAAGAAAGUCUCUUCGGCUAACAUGAAGGAUGCAGCGGUACAGACCACGAGUUCUCAUUGUGACAAGUGCACAAUACGCGAAGCCACGUCGUUCACUGAAGUCGGGACGUCUAUUGAUCAAGAGCAUUUCUCGUCCAGUGCGCACACCCAGGUCCUGGAGCAGGACCUUCAAAAUUCCAAGUCCGUGUUCACCCCUUCAGGCAGUACUUCGGUUGGCAGUGCUCCUAUUUCCUUCGCUCACAUGACCCCAGCGCAACUCGUGUCUCAGCUCGUCGCUCGUGCCAAAACUUUGAAACAAUCCGACAACCCCAGUGGCAGGCCUCCGAACCAGUACCAGGGUAGAAACCCCUACGACGACAGAAGAGGAGCACCCAGCUACCCGAGCCGAAGUAAUUACAACCAAUAUAGAUAUUAAGCUUUAUGUAAUACUGUGCAAAAUAAAAAUCGUUUAACUUACAGGCAUGUAGGUGGUUUCUCAUUUGCACCAAAUAAGAAAUUACCUACAAAAUGCCAAGAAACUUAAUGUUACUGAAAUUUAUUUUGCACGGAAAAAGUUGUUGUUUUACAACAGGAAAUUUUCAGUCACUGGUCUAUGAAAUAAAAUAUCGAACAUAAAUUGAUCUGCAUAUUUUGCUUGUACACUAAGCUAGAGUUUACGGUUUGGUUAUGUCCUUUUUAAUGAAAUAGCAUGUCCUCUAUAAGCCUUUAUCCAAAAUCCUUAAUUUUUAAACACAUGAUGGGAUAAGUAAAUAUAAAAUAUUCUGGAAUUUUUAUAAUACUUAAUAAUAAUACAAGAAUUUCAGAAUUACAAUUUUUGCUGGCCAUGUUUAUGGUCACAUUUUAAUCUUCAAGGUAUGUUUUUAAAAGUGUUAGUCAUCUAGGUGCUCAAAGUGUUUGCUUUAAUAAUGUGUAACUAUGUGAAGUGAAUUAAAAUAUGUGUACACUGUAUAGAAUAAAGAUUUCAAUGGUUAAUGGAAUUUUGGGCUGCGACGCGUUUUCAGCGGCUUGGAAAAUGGAAGACAUGAAGAAAGAAUUUGCGGUUUUAUUUCUACAGGAAAAAUAUGUUGCGUCAGAAAAUACCUAGGACCAAAUAACAUUGUUGUCUCUAAUGAAAUCAAUAAAUGCUUUUAAGUA